CUCCAGUCUGCAGCUAGACCCUUCUCGAUUAAUUAGAGGAGAAAGCAGUGUGUGUAGCUGAGCCUUCAGUAGCCCUGGUGUACUGCAGUAUUAGGCUGUAAUUAUCUUACAGAGGGAAGAGAAGAAAUGCUUAAAAUUGGAAGAGGAGAAGCUGUGCAACAAUGUGAAGAUAGAGGAGGAGCAGAUUGUCAAGCCACUGGAUGGAUCCAUUUCCAGGAACCCUCCUGAAGCAUGCUGCUUCUCCCUUAAGUACAGGAAUACAGAGAGAAAAAAUAUUGGUGAUUCACAGUGUUCUCAAGAAACUAGUUAUUAUAUUAAUAACACAUCUGGUAACAAUGUGACAAAAUCUGUAAUAAAAACUGAAAUAAACUCAAGUGAAGAAGAAAGUUCAAUAGAACCAAAUAUGUUUAAUCAUAUGGAAGACAAAGGGACAGAUUGUACCGAUAUGCAUGUUGCACAGGAUAUCCAACAAAGUACCAAAGGACAGAAUGUUCACCUUUCAAUAACGACAUAUAAAUGCAAUAAAAAUUAUAUGACAAGUAAGAAGCAAUCUAAAUAUAAUCGUAAGACAGCAAGACGACUUUUUAAUUGCUCUGAAUGCCAGAAAUGUUUCAAUAGUAAUAUAAGUCUGGCCAGGCAUGAGGCAAUUCACAGGGGUGAAAAACAAUUUGCAUGUACAGAGUGUGGAAAAAGUUUUACUCAGAAUUCAUAUCUAGUGGCACAUCAGAGAUUUCAUACAGGUGAAAAACCCUUCGCGUGUUCUGAAUGCAACAAAUCUUUUAGUCGAAGCUCUGAUUUGGUUGCUCAUCAGAGAAUACAUACUGCAGAAAAACCUUUUGUGUGUUCAGACUGUGGGAAAUCAUUCAAUCGAACCUCUUCCCUAUUAAUACACCAGAGAAUUCACACCGGUGAGAAACCUUUUGUGUGUUCUGAAUGUGGGAAAUGUUUUAGUCAGAACGCCACCCUUGUAAGGCAUCAAAUUUCUCAUACAGGAGAAAAGACGUUUAUAUGUUCUCAAUGUGGAAAAAGUUUCAUCCACAGUUCACAUCUCCUUAGGCAUCAGAGACUUCACACAGAGAAACCCUUUUCGUGUUCUGAAUGUGGGAAGUUUUUCAAAGAAAAUACGAAGCUUAUUACACACCAAAGAAUUCACAGGGGAGAGAAAGCACAUGUAUGUUCUGAGUGUGGAAAAUCUUUUUACCGUAUCUCCACUCUCCAUAGGCAUAAGAGGAUUCAUACUGGAGAUAAACCAUUUAAGUGUCCUGAAUGCUCAAAAAGUUUUAGCCAGAACUCUCAACUAGUUAGUCACAGAAGAAUUCACACAGGAGAGAAACCUUUUCAAUGUGUUGAUUGUGGGGACAGUUUUAGGCAAAACUCACAACUAAUGAGUCAUAAGAAAAUUCACAUGACAAAGCUCGAACUUUAGAUGCAAAUUCUUAAAAUACUAAAUAUAAUAGCUGUGCUAGUUACAUAGUAAUGUAACUCCAACGUCACAAUUAGACCUCUGAUUAGAUUAACAGUCUACUAUACUGCCAAUUCUAAGUGUUAUAUUCCUGCACAUCCUAUACAUUUGUAAAUAACUUUUAACAUUAGAAAAUUCAUGCAAAUUAGGUUGUACAGUUGAAAUGAAACAGGCAUUGUAUCAUGGUAAUAAAAUAGUUUUAAUUAGCA